CACAAGUCAGAUAAAUGUCAAGAUUCUAUUAAUGAAAUAAAUACUCAUUUAAAUGAAGUAUCUGAUCAUGAGCUUCAAAAAAUACAUAGUAUUGUCUGUAAUGACAAAAACAUUAAUAAAUUAAACUCAUCCAACACAUAUAAUGCCAUAAUUAACACUAUUAAAGAAUUACCUAAAUUCAAUCUAAAAUCAGUAUUCUCUCUUUUGUGCACUAUAAGAUAUUUAUAUGGAAAAAAUAAAGAUCAAAUAAUAUCAUCUUAUUUACAAAACAAAGCUUCUCAAUACUUAUUAAAUUCACUUUAUAAACCUAAACAAUCAUUUGAUCAAUUAAGUUCUCAGAAUAAACAGCUUAAAUAUGAUCUUAAUAAACUUGAACAGUCUAAAAAAAAUAUAGUUCAGAAAGUUUAA